UUGUCUAUGAUAUUAUAACGAUUUUACAUAACAAAUUUUAAUUCCUACAACUUGUGUUGAACAAAACGACAAUGAUUCUAAAAAUAUUAUUUUUCUUAUUCAGUAUAAUAUUUCUAAAAAUUGACUCAAUCGAAUAUCCGAAUGAUUACACUUCUACCCUAUUGUCAGGAGAAUUCGAAAAAAAAAUUCAUUUUAUAGUUGUUGGCGCUGGUAGUGCUGGAUCGAUAAUUGCUGCUCGCUUAAGUGAAGUGAAAGAUUGGAAUAUCUUAUUAUUGGAAGCAGGUGGAGAUCCUCCAGAAUCAUCGGAAAUUCCACUCAAAUGGAGUUUGGCAUUGAAUACAGAGUACGAUUGGAAGUUUUUAACUGAGCAAGAAGAUAAUUUGUUCAAAGGUUUAGACGGAGAAAGGUGCCACGUGCCCAGGGGACGUAUGUUGGGCGGAAGUUCAUCCAUGAACGUGAUGUUGCAAAUUCGUGGAACAAAGUUCGAUUUUGAUGAAUGGGAAAAAAAUGGAUGCACUGGCUGGGGUUUUAAUUCCGUUUUACCAUACUUCAUAAAAUCUGAAAAUUUUACCGACUCUGCUCGUUACGAUGCAAAGAUUCAUGGAAAUAGCGGGCCUCUCACUGUGAGUCCUUUUCAAUCUCCGGAUCCUGCAAUACAAACAAUAUCACAAGCUGCAGAUUUGAUGGGCUUGACCAACGUGAAAGAUUUGAACAAAAUAGAACGUUCAGUUGGAUACGCAAUGUCGGACAGCAUAACUCGGGAUGGACUGCGGUGCAGUACAUUGAAAGCCUUUUUAAUUCCCAAUAGUCAACGACCAAAUUUAUUCGUAGCCAAAUACAUCCGAGUCACCAGAAUUCUGAUUGAGAACAAAUGUGCGGUUGGUGUAGAGUUUGUAACGAAAUCAGGGGAGUUCAAAACCGUCAACUGUACGCUUGAAGUUAUAGUGUCUGCCGGUGUGGUGAUGAGUCCUCAAAUAUUAAUGGUAUCUGGAAUUGGACCAGCAGAUCACUUGAAAGAGAUGGGAGUUGACUUAGUGGCUGAUCUUCCUGUCGGAAAGAACUAUCAGGACCACGUCGCCUAUUUUGGGCUAGUCCUUAGUGACCGUAAGGAUAGACCAAUUGAAGAUAUUAUGUCGGAAAGUCAAAAGCUUAGACAGGAAACGUUUGAUUUGAUUCCCAAAGGUAUUAGCACAAUGGGGCUAACGGGACUUAUUAGUUUUGUCGAUACCAAACGUGCGAACGGAAACCCUGACAUCGAAAUCAUGAAAAUUAGAUACUCGUUCAAUACAACAAAACAAAUGAACACGUUUAAGAACAUGUUUGGAUUUUCUGACGAGAUGGCAAACAUAUACAACGAGUUGAACAUACRAAGUGAUAUAAUAUUGAUGAUACCGAUUUGUAACAUCAUAACUAAACCUGGGUAUAUUUUAUUGAGAUCGAAGGAUCCUCUAGAGCCCCCGAAAAUAGUCACAAAUUAUUUGUCGGGUGAGGAAGAAAUCGAUACGAUGGUGAAGGGUAUUGAGUUUGUGGUUGAAAUGUGUAAAAAGAAACCAAUGAUUGAUGCAGGAUACGCUUUUGAGGAGAUUGCGUUCCCGAAUUGCGAUACGAAUUGCAAGUGGGGCACAAAAGACUACUGGAAAUGUGGUAUUAAAAAUCUGGCCACCUCGAUUUUCCAUUCGGUUGGUACCAACAAGAUGGGUGCAAUCGACGAUAAGACCUCGGUGGUCGACCCCUGCUUAAAAGUCAUUGGUGUUGACAGACUUAGAGUGAUUGACAGUUCUGCAAUGCCAUUAUUAGUAUCUUGCAAUACUAAUGCCGCUACAAUGAUGAUGGCUGAAAAAGGAGCGGAUAUUAUCAAAACCCAGUAUGGAAAAUAAUGUUAUAACUAUUUAUAUUUUUCCCAUCCUAAAUAAUGAGUAAUUUAGGUAUAUUUUAAUAU